UUCUGCUUCUGUUUCCUAACGACGACGUCAGCAUAAAUAGGAAGCGUGACAGGCUCCCUGUCGCCUGGACACUCCAGCAGAAGGCUUUGCCGUCCCACCAAGAAGAGGCAGAGUCCCUUCGCAGGCGAGAGGGCUCACAGGAGCCGGGGACAUGGGUCUGGCCUGGCCUCCAGCUGAGCAAGCAUACACGACUCCGGGUCACUGAGGACCCCAGCCCCUGCCCAGACCCAGGCCCACCUGAGCCAGCCACCCGUUCGUCCAGAGCUGACCCAGAGAUGGUGCUGACCCGGGGGCUCCUCCCUGUUGCCUUGCUGGCUCUGUUCUGGGGGCCCGGCGUGGCGGGGGCCCAAGAGACCGUCCCACUGCAGACCCUACAGUGUUAUAAUGACUACCACAGCCACAUCACCUGCAGGUGGGCAGACACUCAGGAUGCCCAGAAGUUCAUCAACCUGACUCUCUUCCGGAGGCUGAAUGAGAACCCUCCAGUGCCAGUGUCCUGUGAUCUCAGUAAUGACACGGGCUUGUCAUUGGACCACCCUUGUGCCGGCUGCGUGCCCAGAAGAUGUGUCAUUCCCUACAAGAUUUUUGUCCUCGCCGACAAAGACUACUUCUCAUUCCGACCAGACAGGCCUCUGGGCGCCCAGCUCACCGUGACUCUGGACCAGAAUGUGCAGGCCCCUGCACCCGAGGACCUCCAGAUCACCGCUGUCGGGGACCGUUUCCUGCUGACCUGGAGGGUGGCCCCUCCGGGUUCCCAGAGCCACUGGCUGUCAAACCUAGAGUACGAGGUGGUCUACAAGAGGCUUCAGGACUCCUGGGAGGAUGCCCCUACCCUCUACUGCAACUCCUCCCAGGCUGUCCUGGGGCCAGAGCACCUCCUUCCCAGCAGCACCUAUGUGGCCCGAGUGCGUGCCCGCCUGGCCCCCAGCUCAGGGCUCUCGGGGCGGCCUAGCCAGUGGAGCCCGGAGGUUCUCUGGCACUCCCAGACAGGGGACAAGGCCCAGCCCCAGAACCUCCAGUGCUUGUUCGAUGGGGUCGCCAUGCUCAGCUGCUCCUGGGAAGUGUGGUCUGAAGUGGCCAGCUCAGUCUCCUUCACCCUCUUCUACAAGCCCAGCGCCAGUGCAAGGGAGGAGGAGUGCUCCCCGGUGCUGAAGGAACAGCUCCCCGGCCUCUUGGUCCAGCACCGAUGCCAGAUUCCCGUGCCUGACCCCAGGAACCACAGCCAGUACGCCAUCUCUGUUCGGGUGAAGGAGGAGGAGAAGUUUAUAAAGAGCUCAGACCACAUCCAGAUGGCUCCCCCGACCCUCAAUGUGACCAAGAGCAGAGACGGCUACGCCCUGUCCUGGACAACAGAGGAGAUGCUUUACAAACACAUAGGUCACACCUUCCAGAUCCAGUACAAGAAAGACGCAGACUCAUGGAAGGAGAGCAAGACGGAGACCCUCCAGAACUCCCACGUCAUGUCACUGCCACAGCUGGAGCCCUUCACCAGGUACCAGGCGAGAGUGAGGGUCAGGCCCACCCCCAGCGGCUACAACGGGGUCUGGAGCCAGUGGAGUGAGGAGACCUUCUGGGACACGGAGUGGGUCCUGCCCACGUGGGUCCUGGCUCUCAUCCUGGUGUUCACCACACUGGCCUUGCUCCCUGUCCUGCGCUUCUGUGGCAUCUAUGGGUACAGGCUGAACCGGAAGUGGGAGGAGAAAAUCCCAAACCCCAGCAAGAGCCACCUGUUCCAGAACGGGAGUGCCGGGCUCGGGCUCCCAGGCAGCAUGGCGGUACUCACCAUCAGGAGCCCCUUGCACAAGGGGCCGAGAGGCAGCUACUUCCCUGAGCUGGAGGGGGUGUUUCCCGCAGACUGUAGGCACAGCGAAGUGUCACCUCUCACCACAGAGGACCCGAAAGAUGUGCACAAAUCACCGUGUGACCCUGACACAGCUUCAGCCACUUCGGACCCGUGCACGGAGCAGCCCCCCAGCCCCCAUCCAGGCCCGUCGGCCCCCGCGGGCAGGCCCGAGAGCCGGGUCUCCGGCUUCGACUUCAACGGCCCCUACCUGGGCCUACCCCGCAGCCACUCCCUGCCUGACGUGAUGGGCCCUCCGGAGCCCCCACAGAGGGGCGUGAGCCAGAAGCCACAGCCUCCGGGGUCCCUGGAGUACCUGUGUCUGCCCGCGGGAGGACAGGUGCAGCUGGUUCCACUGGCCCAGGUGAUGGCACAGGGCCAGGCCAAGGAUUUGGAGAGGAACCCCGGCCCGGAGGCUGAAGGGAACCCCUCACCGGAGUCGGGGGCAGGCCUUGCCUCUCCUGUAUACAGGCUGAUGGUGAGCGGUCAGGGCCCAAAGGACAGGGCCCUCACGGCUCUGCCCACUGGCUCUGGGGACCCUGGGGACGGCGUCACGGCCUCUGGCUACGUCACCACCGCAGACCUGGCACUUCCCUGGCCCCCGGGGCUGCCGUCUGCCUCCAAGGUCCACCCCCUGAACCUGCCCUCAGACCAGAACCACGGCCUCAGUCUUGGACCGGCCCGUAGGCUCUGUAGCGUCCCAGCCCCCACGAAGCCAGAAAUCGAGGGCUAUGUGGACAUCCCUCUGACCCCAGGCCAGUCCCCCAAGUCCUCUCUGGGCAGUCCUGCCCCUCCUGCAGCCAGCAGCCCCAUCCUGAGCCCAGGGGAGGCAGCCCCCAGCCCCCCACACCCCGAGGGGCUCCUGGUCCUGCAGCAAGUGGGUGACUACUGCUUCCUGCCUGGCCUGGGACCUGGCCCUCUCUCACCCGCUUCCCCAGGACCGUGUCCUGAGAUCGGGGACCACGACCACAUGUUCCAGGCCAAGAAGGCCAUGCGCCCUGCCAUUCCCCAGGUGCCAGCCGUCAGGCAUUUCAAAGCCCUAAAACAGCAGGACUACUUGUCGCUGCCCCCCUGGGAUGUCAGCAGGCCGGAGGAGGUGUGCUGAGCCACCCCAGAUCCCGGGGGGUGGUCCACCUGCCCUCCCGCCACCUCCCGGCCCCUCCCACAGUCCCUUCCGCAAAGCCCAGGAGAAGCUUCCGUGCUGGAACAGAUGAUCCGGAAGUUAGUCGACCUCCUCCCUUCUCACUUGACCUUCGGCCAAGGAAUUCUGCCCCCACUGCUUCCCGAUCUCUCUCACAGACACACACACACACACACACACACACACACACACACAUUUUUCUGUCCUGUUAACUUAAUCUUAAACUCCAGACUGUUAGCGCUCUCUCUAUACUCAUUCCGUUUGCCCACUUUUUUUUUUCUUACCAGAUUUCCUUGCUUUUGCCACUGUCUUCUUUCUCUUUCCACUGACUUAUCAUUCAAGUGAGCUUGAGGUCCGAGCUAAGCCCAUCCUGAGAGGACACGUCUUGGUCAGAGCCUGUUCUGACGUUGACAUGUCCGGUUGUGUUAAGGACUUGUGUCUGCAGCCUGGCCCUGGUAGGUGCGAAUGCGUUUCCUUCAUGGGGAGGGAAGAGACCCCCCCACCCCGUGAGGGUCGUGGGGGAGGGGUGAGGUGGGGAAGAGCAGUGUAGGACCGGCCUGCUUAUGGCUGGCACUGCAGCCCCAGGCACUGUGGCAAAAUACCAGCGUUGACGACGGUCACACCAAGCCAUGGGGCAAGAAAAGAGUUGUUCUGAGCCCGUGGGAGCCCCUGCUGGGCCCACCGCUAUGACUGGGGAGGUCGGGACUGCAGGCCCCUGCCUCGGAUAGAGGCCACCCGCCCAAGUGAAGAAUGUCCCAGCUGCCUGCUGGCCACAGCGGUCUCCCUUCUACACCCGGGCUGGUGGGGCCUGCAGAAAUUCAGAAGCAGAGGGGAGUCCUGAACCCACAUACACUCUAGAAAUGUUGGGAAAAACUGUUCAACAAAGGAAAAAAAGGAAAAUGAUCAAAGCCUUGUACACUUUGGGGCUUAUAGUCAACAUGGCCCUCCUGCCCUCCCUCCAGAAAGACCUUACAGCCCCCACCCCCGCUGGCCAUGGACGAGGGGCUUUUGAUCUAUGUCUGGGCCUCCAUGGAGGAUUAUGGCUUCUUAAAAAUCUGUGCCUUUCUGAUAUGCAAAAACAAAAAAAGGCAUUAAAUCAUUUAAAUUUGCAUUAUUUGAUAGCUAUCAGGUUGCACAUGGUUUCGUAUUUCUUGGGCACUCCUAUUUUGUUUUACGGGGCUAAGCCCACUAAGGACUUUGCUCUGUUGGGUAUUCAUCCUUUUCUGAUUAAGUUUUUAAAACUGUUUACAUGCGAUCUUUCACGGACGGUGCACAUUUUUUCCCCCUAGUUUGUAGUGUGUCUUUUCAUUUCAUAUGUGAGGCCCGUAGACGUACACGAUGUCGACUUUUCCGCAUUUCGGGUUAGAGUCACUGGCUCCACUUUUGAUGUCAAAUUUACAAAAGCCUUCGCCACUUCGAAAUCACGUUUGUCCUAAUUUAUAUUUUCACCAGUACUUUCUGAGUUUCAAGCUUUUUGCGUCAAAUCGUAAUGACUUUGGAGUGGAUGCGUGCGAAGGGGAGAACUGCCUGUAUGUUUGCACCAAACGAGUGGCCUGGGUGUUUUUCCAUCGUUUGCUGAAACACCCAUUCUUCGCCCAUCCAACCGAAAUGCUACUUUUAUGAUCUAGAAAGUGCCUGAGAUACUUGGAAUGUUCUAGCUUCAUAAUGUUUUUUAAACAAGCGGCCAACCCGAUGUCCUUGUAACCUUUGUUCCCAAAUCCCUGUUCAUCACAAAAGUGUUUGUGGUCAGGGGGAAAGGAAUUCUAAACAGCGUAUAUAAUUCACCAAUGGUGAAAUUAACAACAAGACUUCAGGAUAUUCUAACGCGGAAUCCUGUGCAACAGAUGAAUACGGCAGUCAGGCCUACGUGGGUUAGAAAGAAGUCCAAGAUGUGAAUUUCGAGAUGCGCAGAUACUGUUAGCUGAAAAAAAAAAUUGCAAUAAAAUGUGUUCGCUGUAAACCAAAA